GUACUACUUGCUUGUCUGUUACCUUAUAUCCGCAAUACCAGAGGAAGCCACUGGUACGCUCUCUCUCGUACAUCGCUUUGGAAAACUGCACUGUCUAUUACUGAGGAACCCCAUACUCGCUCACUCAAGGCUGCUAAACGACGCUUUCUGUAACAGAAUCUAGAGAUCCGCCAACAAUGUCAAAACUUCAAAUUGCUUUCUAACCGCCGUCGAUCGAUCUCUCUGGAUCCUAUACUCUGGCUGCUCAUGUCUAAAUCAGAGCGUAGUUGCUGUAUACGUUGGAGACUAGGCUGACUUCCUGGUGGUAAACCUCGACCA